UCAACUAAAAUCCUCCUAACCGUAUUUUAAAAGCACUUGACAGGCUGACCAGGCACGCACAAUUCCUAUUUCCUAAUUCAGUGUACUUCCUUGUAAGGCUAGACUGUGAUCCUCUGGAUUCAAAGAUUGUCAUGGAUGGAAGAACAUGGUAGAGUAUGAUUUCAUGAGUAUGCUUUCAUGUGCAUUACCACAGCCUUGGUCUUCCUAUCGUUGGACAUGCAGUCUCUUAAUGGAAGAAGUGUUCAAGAAUGCUGAAUUUCUCAGGACCGCAUGGAGUAAAGAACUUUCAUUAUCAAAUGCAGGAAUUUGUUAGUCCAAAUGUAAGUUCUUCACACAUGCUAUUAAUUAGAGGGGAUUGGGCUGAAAAUGACCACUCUAUCAUAAAAGACAAUUAAAAGGCAAUGCUCAAAAAUGCAUAUUCUGAACAUAAAAAUAUUACAAUGGCAUAGCAAUGACAUCAGAUGCAGCAGAAUGGUGUUUGUCCCCAGUUGUCCAAAGUAGCCAUUUGUUGCAUGAUAGGGAACAACAAGGGCUGUUAGAAGUUUGCUGGUAUAGGAAAUAUCCCAAUUUUACAAAGUGCUUUGAGUGUGCAUCAGAAUAAAAAUUACUAUGUAAAUAUAGGAACUCAUUUGUUUAAGAGCAGUGAGCCUCCCAUGGCAUUCUCAGUGCGAAUUUUAGAUAACAAAUGGCUGUGCAGUGCAGGAAAGGGUUCACAGGAGCACAAGCUCCACUGAAGCGUAGCUCAGUAGUCUGUACAGCAUAAUGCCACAGACAACAAAAGUUUAACGUGCCAUGACUCUCAGCCUUAUUGAGUCUCCAACACCUGUGCCUGCUCUUACAACCAAUGUUUCUGAUAAAAAUCUUUAGAAAAAAUAACAAAGCUAUUCUUUACAAAUGUCUUUUUAGGGCAUGUUAGAAAUUCUGGCUCUGUACGUACCUUUAGUUCUGUAACAAUGCAUCUGAGCUCUACAGAUCUGUGAAUUCUAGAAAUUGGAAAGCCUUUUGGGGAAAGACAUUCUGGAAGACAUUUAAAACACUGGACUCCUGUAAACAGCUCUGGUUUGUUCACCUCUGGAGAAAUCUGAAGUCUUAUCUCCACAACAUGAAAAUAAUGCACUGAGAAUCCAGUCUCAGGGUACGUGCAUAGAAAAGCUGUUUUGAAAAUGAGGUAGGGCAUGAAUUUAAACUUCAUCUGCUGUUUUGCAGACAGCCUCCACACAGAUAAAUUUAUUUGGAUUUAGAACAUCUAUAGCAUUCAGCUUAAUCCUCUUCUGAAAAAGGAUAUUCUGACUUUCCUGUAGAGUAUCAACAUGGACAGAUGCUGUAAAACAUAUAUUGAUUGCAGUGUCCCUUUUCACUGGUGCCCAGUGACAGAACUGAGGGCAGUGGGGGGAACUGAAAGACAAGAGGGUCCCUCUGAACACCAAGGAGGCACUUUUUUACUGUGAGGCUCACAGAGCACUGCACAAGUUGCCCAGGAAGGAUGUGAAGAUAUUAAAAAGCCAUCGUCUUGGGCAAAUGGCUUUACAUGGCUCUGCUUGAGCAUAGGAGUUGGACCAGAUGACCUCCAGAGGUCACUUCCAACCUCAACUCUUCUAUGAUUCUGUAGCCAUGAUUUUUUUUGUAAAUUUUGGGUUACUCAUUGCAGGAAGAUUUAUUAGAUGAGGUGGUAGGGGGAAUGUACUUAAAUUUUGCCCACAUUUCAGAACAAGGCUGAUGCUUUUCUUAACUUAGCUAGCACUUUCAUCUCAAGUCAGCAAGCCAGAGUUUAUCCUUUGCAAAAGCUAAGGAAAACACUGAAGGUAAACUGGACUUAAUCUUGAUUUGUUUUCCAGCAGGCUGGCCUACACACAUUUCUGUAUCAAUUGAAGGUAAUUGCAAGUACUCAGAAUAGAUUCACCAAGUUCCCUGAGCAAACUUUAUGAAUAUAUAAUGCAUUUAUAAUAACGCAGCUGCAGCCACCUUACUGAUGCACCCAUUUGCCUUCCCAUUGCUUUCUAAACGUAAAUAUCACAUUCUUCUUAUCUUCUAUUGUCUUAUUGCAAUAAGCCUGAGUAGCCAGGCUUAUUGCAGAUAUGUGGACAUAAGAACAGUUAUGAAAUACUGUCUAGCUCUUUCCAUACCACUACUGAUUUUGCAGGAACUUCAACAGAAAAAUUCUAUAUUCCAUUAAAUAUAACUUAAAAAGGUUUAAGUGCAGCUUCUGACCCCAAUGGCUUUGCAUAUAACAAUAUAGAACUUAACACAUUACCAAGUACCUUUAUUUGUACAAACAGCUCCCUUGACUUCAGAAAUAUUACUUGAAUUGGAACAGGUUGCCAGGAUUGCAACCCUACGUUUGAAGUACAAGUGAACUAUUAACACGUUUGUGCUGUUGAAUGCCUCACUGAUUUCCUACCCUGUCUACUCUGUUCUAAAAAAACACCCGGUAGUUUCCUUAUGUGAAUAAAUGAAUGUCUCUGUUUUCCCUAAUCUUUGGGACUUUAAAAUUACAGAUUAAUUCAAAUCAAGCCUGCAAUACUUUACCUAUAAAUGAAUAUCUCACAAAAUCAAGUCUCACCUCAAAUACUCUUGUCCAGUGGUUUGGUUUUCAUUGGUCUUUAAAUCAUGUGAUUUAAACAGGAGUUUGUCUUUCAUUCACUUUGAAAGGCUCUUGUAUUUAACAGUAAAAUAGAAUAAAUUUUUUUCCAACUCUCAGUAUAUAGUAGCAGAUUGUUGUUGGUUUUCAAUUUGUUUGUAUUAUAAAGUUCAGUGAUUGUUAUGUAGAAUUAUUUGAAAAACCUUCAGCUUAUAGGCCAAGGAGAGAAGGCAAAGAAGGGAAUAACUUAGUAUUGUUAUUUGUGGCUAUUGUGCAGUCGUAAUCAGUGAUGUAUAUUUCAACUAAUGGGAAGAUAAAGGAGUAAAGGAGACAGUAAAGUUAACAGUAGAACAAUAAGUUUAUCAUUUCGAAACAGAAGUUUACUUAAAAAAAAAUCUGCUUUUCUUCAAAUAGAUGACAUUUUGCAGACCUGCAGAUUCAGAGCUUGAAAGCAGGUGUGAAUGUGUUUAAUGUUUCUUAAUCCAAAUUGUUUAUACAGUUUUAGAGCUGUACCUUUUGGCAAACCUUUUGCAAUGCGGAUGGCUUGCAGUUAUUCUGCUUUUGCAACAUCUGAUAGAGAAAGUGUAUUUCCUUGCUUCUCCCUUCUCCAUGGCAAAAGACUUCAGUUCCUGUCUAGUUUUCAGCACAGGCUUGGAUCUGGUGCCUUGAUGGACGCUUAGGUUUAAUGCCUGGCAUGAUAGGGAGUGGGCUGAAUGCACUACUAGUCCUGUCCUGAUCCCUAUUAUCCUUGCUUGAAAAGGAAACAUCCUUUCCAUGGCUGAAAUACUGACAUCUCAGAAUAUCAACCUGUGAGAUGCAGAAGGUAAGUUGUUAGAUCUAAGUCCUGACGAUGGAGAGGAGACUCAAAGGAGCUAGAAAAUCUUCAUGCCAAUAUGGUAGCAAUAGCAAGACUUUUAGCACCUGAGUUGGAGUAUCAUCAAGGCUUGAAGUUCUUACUUACUAAUCUUAGCUGAUUAUCUAGUCCUUGUUCUGGAAAAAAGAUUGAUGAUAGUAUCAAUUUUCCCCAAGAAAACUGAAUUGAACAAAUGAACAGGUGUUUAUAUAUCAUACACUAAUAUGUACAGUUUAUAAAAAAAAAAUCCAUAUAUUUAGGUGUUAUAUUUUAUCUUUGCUCUACCGGGCUUAAGAAAUUAAGAUUCUAGUUACUGGGCUUAAUUUGAAUUAAAGUUAGUAGAGUUUCUCCAAAUACAAUAUUUUCUGUUAGUCCUAUCCCCUGAAAUAUUUACUAGCACUAUAAAAAUACAAAAUCUGUUCAAUUUCAUUACAAACAGCAACACCUAUAAUGUACUACAUGUAAUUUCUAAGCCGUAGGUAUUGUGCUUGCCAAAAGUCUAAAAGCAUGUGUCAAUCCUGAUUGGACACAAUUGUAAUUUCAUCAGGAGAUAAUGCUGAGAUCCUAAAUAGCACGUGCACAGCUCAAGCAGUUUGUGAAUGGUACCCAGUCCCUGUGAUUAAGUGUGAGGACUGGAAUUUAGCUCAGGACUGCGUCACUCUCUGUCAUCCACUACACUUGUUCCUUUCCUAGGCCAAAAAGCGGCCAAAGGCACAAGAAACAAUUCUGAACUAUGCUCCAAAGGUAUCUCAGAAAAAAAGGUAAAACACUCCGUUUAGCAGGGCAGGGAUUAGUCCUGAAGUUUGAAAUAUAAAGUAACUGAUCUUGCAGUCAUUAAUGAGGGGAAAUUAGACAGACAAAGAAAACAUUGCCUGACUCAGUACUACAUGGCUGGGUUCCCCGUGAGUUAGCAGCAGCGGCAUUGCAAACACACAUUAAGCAUAACUGGCUGAAGGCAGCAUUGCAGAGCAAAGAUUAUUGGAUAAUUACGUUGAUUUGUACCAGGAAAGAGCUUGCUUACAGAACAUUUUAGUAAAUCAUCAUUAUCCAUUCUGAAUUUAUGAUUGUUGAUCAUAAAGGUGUAUACGGAGGCAAGAAGGGCCAAUCAGCUCAUCUGAAUCUUUGAACUUGAGAAGACUGGAUUAUUUCAGUCCAUUUACCAAUGUAUUUUUAUAUCUGUUUUCCUUGCUGAGAAGGUUUUAACCUAGUUUUCCCUUUAAAGAGAAGGGAAAAAUCUGUCAUUUACAGUAAAACCAUGAAAUCACAGAGGAUCUUGCAAGAGGAUAAGAUCCAUUUUCAGUCUCAUACCAAAGCGGGCCACUUCAGCUACAAGUUCACAGCCAUCAGCAUAGUGUGGAAAAUCGUUACCCAUGGAGGGGAGUCUGCUCUGGCCACUGAAGCUGGAGACUGCAUGUGAUGGAAGGUUCUGGAAGAAUCUCACACAAGGUUGAUCAACAGUCUGUAAAAUUUAGCAUUGCAACAGCUGAAGAUGGAAAACUGGUCAGUUGAUGAAGUCUGCAACUGGUUGAGGCAAAGAAAUUUAGGAGAAUUAGUUCCAAAGUUUCGUGAAGAAGAAGUAAGUGGAGCAGCUCUUCUGGCUCUUAAUGAUCGUAUGAUACAGCAGCUGGUGAAGAAGAUUGGGCACCAGGCAGUGCUGAUGGACCUGAUUAAUAAAUACCAGCAACAAAAAAGUGGGCUAGAAUCCUUUACAUACUGUUGUGAAACAGCAUCUCCAAAAUUUUCAGAAAUAACCAGUAGGACUACUGACAGACAAACAGUUAAUUCUUCUGGUCCUGUGGAGCAGAAAAAAUAUCUGUGCUCAACUGAAAAUGAAGAAGGACUAAUUGAUCAUAGAGUGCUAAAGCAAAAAAAAAAUCUGAAAUCAUUUUUUGCAAGAUACAAGAAACUGCAGUGGACAAGUUCUUACACUUUGCCAGACUUCCCUUACGAUGUCAAGUGCAUAUUGGCAGAAAAAAAAUGCCCUGAUCACAGUAUGAGAAUAAGGAUUAUUGAAUUUUUACAGGCAGACAUGACAAAAUACCUAGAAGGAUCACUGUAUCCGAACAGUCAGCAAUAUAACAUUGUUGUCAAUGCUUUGCUGCAGGCAUACCCAUUCCUUAAUGAAGAUGGGAAUGGCUUUUUGCUAUGGAAACGGGCCCUUAAAGAUCGUUUCAAAUAUGUUCGGAGACCCAUUGAAGAUGAUGAGCAAGUCCUGAGGAACAAAUGCAAGUUUGGCCACAGACGAGGGCAGACCAGGAAAUUAUCUGCUGAAAACAAACCUGAAGAUGUCAAGGUGCAAGCAGAGGAAGAACCUAUUCAUCUUGAAGGCAGUGCAAUAGAUGUACACAUUAAGUGGCUUAAGCAAGAAUAUAUGAAAACUCAGAGGAACUGGAAAGAAGUGGAUAAUAGAAUGAAUGUGACAAUGGAAAUACGGAGGAAGAUGAUCAGUGAUAAGGCACCUUUAAAGGACAUUCUUAGACUAUUUCCUUUCUUAAGAUGCCCUUAUCAGCUUUUUAGGGAGUUCCAGCUUCUCACACACACAGACAUUUAUAAGAAAACAGCUGAGAUUUUGGAGAUUUAUUCGGAAAACAUAUUAUCUUUGUAUGUCGUGAGGCAUAAUCCUAUUAACAUUAUGCUUCAAGAAAAUCUGAAGCAGCACACAGAGGAAGACAUUCUGAAAUAUAUGAAGAUGACUGCUGCAUGUUUGCUCCUGCCAGAUGUCUUUGGAGAUGAUUCCGAUCUGUUUGCUGCAGUGAAUGAGGAGGUCAAGGUGGCAACACCAGUGUUGGAAGUAAAAAAUCCCUUCAAUGUGAAUUCAUGUGAGUUUGCACUGUACAUGGAAAGAGAAGAGCUAGCCCAGCUCGAUGACUGCACCAUGGCCCUGGCUGCGCUGAUAGCUGCGUUUCACGUGUUCGAUAUCCCAUGCCCAAAGAAAAUCCACAGGACGCUGAACUUCCUGGAGUCCCUGGUGUUUGAGGUGAGGAGCCCAGCUUCCCUCGCCACUCAGGUAAAGAGAGAGCUGGAGGCAUUCCACUACCCCAGUACCUGACCAUAUACACAGCACUCCUCUGGGAAGCAUUUGACAUUUUGUCAAAAUAAAUUCCUUUGUUGUAAAAAUAAAUCCGUGCCAUUCUUUCUGGUGACAGUGUAUGUAUAUUUAUAACUCAGUUGUGUUUAAAAAUGCCUGUUUUUUUCAUUGUACAGGCUACUUUUUUAAAAUUUGAACCCCAAGCAUUUUCAUUACUUAAUUGGAAAUUCUAGAGCAACGUAAAUGCAUUAGAGAUAAUAAAAUUUUCUAGAUUACUGCAUGCGUCAUGCAUUAUUUUUCCAUAUCGAGCAUUUAAAAAAUUUGGAUAGUCUUCUGACUACCAGAAUUUAAAAACUACAUUUCUGAGUUAAUGUGA